GGGGGGUGGAAAUGACAUCACAAAAGGGGUAGGUAGUAAUGAGUCCUCCAAGGGGGAACCGGAAAUGAUGUCACAAAGGGGGCAGGGGCUAAAGCCCCAUAAUAAAUUUGGUAUGCACUCUUUACUACUCUCCUCACCUUGGGGCGCCAGUAUAGGGUAUUACAUGCCAAAACAACUAGACACGGGGACAGUUUUUUCCCUUGUUCCAUUACUCUGCUGAACAUCUAGUUCUCACAAUACUAUCUUACUUCUAAGUACAUUUACCUAUGUUGUAUGGCUCUAGUAAUAGUACUACCCUUCUUAUCUUCUUUACUACCCCCUCAUUAGUAUUAUUAUUAGGAUUAUUACUGUUCUGUCUGCAUGUACAUUGAGAGCUUCUGCACCAAAAACAAAUUCCUUGUGUGUCUAAACUUGGCCAAAUAGAAGUAUUCUAAUAUUUUAAUUUUCUAAUCUAAUCUUCUAAUCUUACAUAUCUAGGGAGAGACGCAGCUCUCAGCAGCUUGAAACAAUUUCUUAAAUAACUUGUGUUACAGAAAUCACAUGGAUGGGCCAUAAGUAUCUUUGGUGGAAUGUGUAUGGCACAUGACAAGAAGGUGAUGGAUGUGGCAUGAAUCAUGGCAGAAGCAUUUGUGUUAGUUUUUUAGCUUUAAAAAGUAAUAAUAAAAUGCAUAUAGUUCAGGCUCAGGCAUCCUGUCCUUUCACUUACUUUAGGUCAUGAACCUAAUCAUAAUUUGAAUUGGUUUUGAAGUACUGCUGAAAAGUAAAAGGUGGACACAUACCAAGUGCUAGCAAAUAUUUCACAUAUCAUAAUCGUGAGCUUAAGAACACCAGCAAAAGGUUAAGGGUCUUCUGGCAAGAAAUAAUUCAAAUCAUUUGUUUGUAUGUAAUUCACGUUAAAUCAGUUUUUACAAAUAUCUGUAACAGUUCAUUUGGCGGCAGCAAAUGAAGUUCACUUGCUCACAAAAUUCACACUGGUGUUAAUCUUGCUCAUUCUUACAGAAAUCUGAAAAAAUACUAUAUGAUUAGAACUCAGUUUGAAGUUCAGAGCUCAAAUGCUCAGCUGCACAUAGAAUUAAAAAUUGUAAUUUUAGGUAGGAUUUAAAAUUUACAUUCUUCAAAGUUAAAAUUACUUUUUGAUUUUACAACUAUUAUGCUUCUUUUGUUGCUGCUUUGACUAAAAUAUGAAUUUUACUUCCUCAUGAAUUAAUAAAUACUAGCCUAGAAAUCAAUUCACUGUUCUUAGAGGCCUUUCUCAUUUCUAGAAUCUUUAAUGAAUCAGUAUAGUCAAUACUGCAGUGUUUUUCAACCUUGGCAACUUUUAAGAUGUGUGCACUUCAGCUCCCAGAAUUCUGAUGCCAACAUGCUUAAAUUUGCCACACAUCUUAAAGUUGCCAGGGUUGAAAAACACUGCAGUACAAACUUUUCAGAAACCACUAGCAAUGCCAUUAUUAUUAUUAUUAUUGUUGUUGUUGUUGUUGUUGUUGUUGUUGUUAUUAUUAUUAUUAUUAUUAAUUCAUGAAGCAUGAAACAGUCAACUGAAAAUUAAAAAAUGCAUCACAAAUACCAUUGACUGGUGCUAAUGGUUGAUAUGGGUUGCUGCUAGCAUCCUAGGUAUCAACCAAGUACCUUCUUAAGAUGUACGAUGUUCCAAGUAGCGCAGUUUUUUGCAGUUCUGCUGGUGUUAUUGCAGGAAGCUGCAAUUUGUUGAUGUAUCUUAUAAAAUUCUUGGACAUGAUACCAAGUGCCCCCAAUGACAAUGGGUAUCAUUGUUAGAGGUUUCAUCCGUAGCCGUGUAGUUUCGAUGGUCAGGUCGCGAUAUUUCAUGAUUUUUUCCAGUUCUUUUUCUUCAGCUCUGGCAUCUCCUGGUACCGCAAUGUCAAGAAAUUGUACGUUUCAGUUUUCAACAACUGUGAUAUCUGGCAUGUUGUGUUCCAAGUGGCAAUCUGUCUGUAUUCAAAAGUCCCACAAGAUCUUCACCUCAUUUUGAAUAACUUUUUCCACUUGAUGUUCCCAUGACUUUUUGGAUACAGGUAAGUCAUAUUUUUUACAUAAUGACCAGUGAAUUAAUUUAGCAACACCGUCGUGUCUAGCUUUGUAAUCAGUUUGUGCGAUUUUGCUGCAUUCACAUAUUAAAUAUUAUAUUAUACACAAAAUGACAGUAUACACAGCAAACGAGAUAACUAUGCUGGAUUUCAUAUCACUAAUCACUAGUCGAAUACUUCCCAAGCAUAAAUAUUAUUUAAAUAAAUAAAUAUAUUAUUAUUAUUAUUAUUAUUAUUAUUAUUAUUAUUAUUAUUAUUAUUAUUAUUAUUAUUAUUAUUAUUUACUUUAUUCAUUAAACAUGAAACUCAGUCAUGUGAACAUUUAAAAAUGUGUCACAAAUACCAUUGACUGGUACUAAUGGUUGAUACGGGUUGCUGCCAGGUAUCAACCAAGUAUCUUCUUAUAAUAUAUGAUGUUCCGAAUAGCACAGUUUUUUGCUAUUAUUGUUGUUGUUGUUAUUUUGAAGUGUUUAUGAAAAAGGAAGCCAGCUUGAUUCCAUUGGCCCAGAUACUGUAUACUCAAGGCCCCAUGUAAAAAUGGAAUUAACUUCGCAUCAGAAUGUCAGAAAAUUGUUAGAACAAAUUGAAUCCAGACUAAAUUGCAAAAAAAAGUAGAUCCACUGAUUGAAAUCCUGCCGGUUUCAAUCAUGAAUGACUAAAAUCUAUUCAGCUCCCUGUGUAUUUAAACUUUGGCUUUUUCAUUAAUAUUACACAGAUCCUUAUGAGAAUAACUGAACAGUUAGGGUAUUUUAUUUCACUUUUUAAAAGUUGUUUAGCAUCUUUUCUUUUCCAGUUCUCAAAGCUGAAUGACUACAUUAUGCUCUUCAUGGGGCAGCCCUUGAAGUAAGUCCGGCAAUUGGAAAUUACCAAGGCAACGGGGUCAUGUUGAAACAGUUGUUUUGGGUAUUGACUGCUGAGUCCAAUUCAAAACAAUCACUGUGGCAUAUAAAACAAUGCAUGCCUUAGUCUCAAAUUAGUUUCGGGCCUAUUUACUCCAGUGCAGUCUGCCCCAUCCUCUUUGAUCAUCUUUUUCAAGUCCUGCCACUAGUAAAUUUAAUAGUAACCACAAAUUCUGUUUCUGUGUGGGGCUUUAGACCAUAUGUGGGACAUUGGGAUUAAGCUGGCCUCUUCUUCACUACAGUUCAAAAAUACAAUAUAUUGUAACCUAUACAUUUUAGAAUUCACAACUGUCAACAUUGCUGGUUUUUAAUAUGAAAACAUUGGACCACACAAAACUUUCAGCAGUACAGCGAGUACCGGUAGUUAAAAUUUUGACCUUUGGUUCCUUGAAACAUUCAUUCUGUGUUCCAUUCUAGUAGGAAAAGACUUUCAGAAUUGUAUUUGGAUGCCCAAAAAAGUACUCCCCAUAAAUUCUGUGUUCUUGGUCAUUGAAUAUGAGCUAACAGGUAAGGGCUCUACAAGAAGAUCUUGACUUACAAUAGUUUGUUUAGUGACCAUUCAAAGUUACACUGGCACUUAUAAAAAGGACAUGACCAUUUUUCACACUUAUGACCAUUGCAGCAUCCCCAUGGCCACAUGAUCAAAAUUCAGGUGUAUGGCAAUUGAGUCUGGAGUCAUGUGAUCAUUUUUUGCAACCUUCUGACAAGCAAAGUCAAUGGGGAAACCAGGUUCACUUUACAAUGGUGAUGGUGUUGGCACAAUCACUGCUGCACCUGCUGCACCUCAUUAACGAAGCCUUUUCCUGGACGUAUAUGGCAGCCCUGCAGAUAAGCAAGGUAGCUAUCUCCCUAGGAUAGGAAAGACCUGAACAAAAAUCAACCAUCUCUUUUGCUUGGUGUCCUUGGACAGCAGGGAUUCAAGUGCAUAGCACUAUUUUAAUAAAUAAAUGUUUUAAUGGAGUACAUAUAGAUUCACAAUCAUAGAGAGCACUACCUCUCCAAGCCUCCUAGAUGAUGUUAUAAUUACUAAAGGGCUGCAUUCCAGAUAAGAAUAUUAAUGUUAAUGGGAAUUUGUCAAAAGGAGCAGUUGUUCCACCUUCAGAACCAAGGACAAUGUUAUGGUGGAUAGGUACGGAUAAGAGAAGACUCAUUCCUUUGAGGAAUUGGCGCACUUGGGAGUGGCUAAUUAGUGAUAGGAGGAUAGAUCGUGCGCCCCACUCCCCAGCAAUUGUUUGUGACCACAAUGUAUUUGCUGCUGACCCCUUUUGCAGUGCCACUUGUAGGAAUCCCAAUUGUUCAGUGUCUUCUGUACCAUAAUUAAAAAACACACUUCAGUGGUGGCUAAGUAUUUAGAACCCAUGAAGAUUUUCAGCAUGGGGCCUGGAAAACGGAAUAUUUUUAAUGUUCCUAUGUAAUUUCCAAGCACAACGUUGUAGCAAGCCCAGAUGUACAAUGGGGCCUUGAAUAAGAAUAUCUGCUUUUUGUUUUGGAGUGCAGGAACCUAUCCCUUAGUUUUCCUAAGAAUUCCAGAACUGUCUUCAGUAACUUUGCUUGCGUGCAAAAAGUGCAUCAAAAUGUUUGCAGUUGUCCACCCAACUGGGAAAUAUUUGUGUCAAUUCAAGGAACAUUUCCUUGUUUCUUUUCUCCAAGAGAACAUUAUUCAAAACAGUAACGUCUUGAGGUAUUUGCUGGAGUAAUUAUAUUUGUCUGUGCUGGCAAAUGCGUAGAGUCUUGCAGUACUUUAAAUAGAUUUGUUGUGGUUUAAGCCUUCAAGGAAUAUUGUGCAUUUUAGUUAAGCACAAUGUUCAAAAAAUAGGUAUAUUUACUCAUUACUGAAAAUGAAAUGACAAAAACAAGUGGGUGGCUAAUUCCAAUAUACAGUAUUGGAGCAAUUUGGUAUCCCAGGGAUUCCUAAUUGGCCUUAAAGUUACUAUCCUUUAUAUGGAAAUUUCAGAACUUCAUACUAUAGGUAAUUUGGAUUUCCUUCUUUAGACCUCAGCCAGGGUGACAGAUUUUCAACAAUAGGUUUUUAAACUGCUAUAGUGAAUUAAAAAAAAAUUACAAUUGGUAGUCCUUGGGAUAUUGCUUGAUGUAAGAAUAGAAUAGAAUAGAAUAGAAUAGAAUAGAAUAGAAUAGAAUAGAAUAGAAUAGAAUAGAAUAGAAUAGAAUAGAAUAGAAUAGAAUUCUUUAUUGGCCAAGUGUGAUUGGACACACAAGGAAUUUGUCUUGGUGCAUAUGCUGUCAGUGUACAUAAAAGAAAAGAUACAUUCGUCAAGAAUCAUAAGAUACAACGCUUAAUGAUAGUCAUAGGGAACUAAUAAGCAAUUAAAUCAUAUUUGGAAACAAUCAGUAUAAAUCAUAAAGAUACAAGCAACAAGUUACAGUCAUACAGUCAUAAGUGGAAGGAGAUAGGUGAUGGGAAUAAUGAGAAGAUUAAUAGCAGUGCAGAUUUAAUAAAUAGUUUGACAGUGUGAGGGAAUUAUUUGUUUAGCAGAGUGAUGGCCUUUGGGAAGAAACUGUUCUUGUGUCUAGUUGUUCUGGUGUGCAGUGCUCUGUAGCGUAGUUUUGAGGGUAGUUUAUGUCCAGGAUGUGAGGGAUCUGUAAAUAUUUUCACAGCCCUCUUUUUGACUUGUGCAAUAUACAGGUCCUCAAUGGAAGGCAAGUUGGUAGCAAUUGUUUUUUUAUGGAUUGCAGUGUGAAUGGUCACAGAUUACAUUUUGCUCUCAAUAGCAUUUGGCUCCACGUUAUUUAUUUUUUUCUUCAUUCUAGAACACAAGUGCAUCUGCCGACUGCGGAAAACCGUGAGAUGAAUUGGGUUGAAACUCAGACCGGUAAACAGCACCAUCAAUCUCUUAAACUUUAUUACUUUUGGCCGUAGCCGGGGCUUGUCUCCUAGGUCCUAUUGGGCCAGGUAUGUGGCAGAUUCACAAGAUUGCCGGCUUGCCUCCUUGGGGCAGUUGGACUGGAGAAAGUAGAGAAUUGUAUCUGUGGUGCUUUGUAGCAAAUGUGGCCCCAUAAAACCAAGUAAGUGGGAGAAGAGAAGUGCACUGCCUCCUGCCUUCAGCAGUUUCGAGUUUGAGCCACCCACUACUAUUUUUGGCAUGUUGCUGCUUGGCUGUACCCUAAGGGUAUGAAUUGGAUCGUUCAGCCAAGCCUUAAUCAGACUGCAUUCAAAGAGAGGGUGGAAAGAAUGAGAAAAUGGGCACUUAAGAGCCUUCUGGCAUCUCUGACAGAGGCUGAAUGGCAGGUUUGCAUCUGCUUGACUAGCUGCUAUCAGUGUAACUUCCCAUUUUCUGCACCGGGCGGCUGGGCUGUUUGCUGUCUUGUGAAUGUUAGCACAUGACUCUGCUGAUAAGAAUUCCAAGCCCCAUUUUCAGUGGGGGUUUUUCCCCCCCUGCCGAAGGGCGAAAGAGGCUUGGAAAAGCAAGACUCUGCCUUGGAAAGCCCUUGUUGUUGCUUUCACUCCCCAUCUCAGCUUGGCAAGCGUACAAACAUUUGUAAAGCCCAUCCCAUCUAUUUUCAGCCUUGCCAGGAGGGGAGAAGGAAAAGUUCUGUAAAAGGCCUUCCCUAUUUAUGGCUCCCCCUCUUGCAGCAAAAUGUUACCAUCGUUGCACAGCCCCUCCCUUUCCCAGCCAGCUACAUGUAAAGAGAAACUUAUUUAGAAAACCUAAUUUAAGACUUAUUUCAUCCCAGAGUCUCAACAGCACAAAUGGUUGGGAAUAAACAAGCAAUUUUUAGCAUCUGUGGGUGGAGCAAAUGUUAUAUUUUGUAAACGAACUCCAACCUUGGAGUGUUCGCUAUAAUUCAAGGGCAAGGCAGGACAUUUUGAAUGCUUCUGCUUAUCUGCAGUCACACUAGAGCUGAGAGCUCCCCCUCGGAUUUUGGAGGCUACACUUGUAGGAAGUUUGAGCAGUGGCCUAAGAAGGUUACUGUGAGAGAUUUGUCUUAUGAAUUGCUCUGCGAUUUCAGAGACAGCCUUGAGCCUUUCCUGUAUUCUGUUGAUGUUUUCGUUUGCUCCCCUGCAGCAUCUGCCAUUGUCUAUUUGUCACUCCCAAACAGUUUCUCUACAGUUGAUAAUGGUUUCUACUUAGCUUCUUGAUGUAAUUCCUUAAAAUGUUGGAACAGUAAUCAAUUUGCUGUCUACACAUCUCUCUCUCUCUUUCUGUCUCUGUCUCUGUCUGUCUGUCUCUCUCUCUCUCUCUCCCUCCCUCCUCCCUCUCCCUCCCUCCCUCUCUCUCUUUCCCUCCCUUCCCCCUCCCCUCUCUCAGAUUGGUUUUUAGGAUCUGUCUUCCCUGGAUUGGCCUUUGGGGUCUUUUUCUCCAGCCUGUCUCUAUCUCUACUUCAGUGGUAGAGCCUUACAAUUUAUCCUAUUGCAAUUCAGUCAUUGGAAAAAGUUAAAUGCGAUCAUGUUUGAGAUGUCUACAGGUUCUUCAAUCUUCAUGUUAUGAAUGAACAGUAACUCAGUUUGCAUUAUUUACUAGCUAGAAGCCUCGCUAUUUACAAAGCACAAAUUCAUUUUUGUUCAUCUAAAUUGCCAUAGUAUCCCUUCAUUGAACUUUUUUUCUAUCGCUGUAAAUAGCAAUCAACUAGUAAGUCAUACUUCCUCCCAACCUUUUUUUAAAAGAGAAAUUAUAAUUAAAGCUCUUUUUUGUGUGUGUUUUGUUUACUAGAAAUAUAUUUGCCUGGAAAACAAUUAUCCACAUUUAAAUCUGUCUGUAGGAUUAGCUCACCUUCAUUUUGUUCCACAAGAACUGAAGCCAGCAAGCAAUAAUUAACUUAUGGAUAUUGUAAUACCAAAUGCCCAGAAAGAGAGCUUGGUGUGAGAUGACCAUAAAGUCAAACAGCUUAAUAAUGGGGAGGAUUUAAAUCUUUCCACCCACUGCUCACUAACCCUCUGUGGCUCAGACUGCUAAGACAGUCUGUUAUUAACAGCUGCUUGCAAUUACUGCAGGUUCUAGUCCCACUAGGCCCAAGGUUGACUCAGCCUUCCAUCCUUUAUAAGGUAGGUAAAAUGAGGACCCAGAUUGUUGGGGGCAAUAAGUUGACUUUGUAUAUAAAUAUACAAAUAGGAUGAAGACUACUGCUAACAUAGUGUAAGCCGCCCUGAGUCUUUGGAGAAGGACGGGAUAUAAAUGCAAAUUUUAAAAAAAACCCUCCUGGGAAUUGGUUAUUUAAUAAUUGGUUAUUUGUCUGAAAAUUAUUAGGCUUGUAGCCCAGCCUCUUUGCAGGAGGUACCAUGUUGGAGACGGUAAUGUUAAAAGAUCUGGGUCUAGAAGAUGGUUAGGAGUAAAUACAGUUUGUUAGAGAAGCAGUAUUAGAUAUGGAGAGUGUUUUGUGCUGAAUAGAUCUAAACAGGUUUUUUGUUUUGAUUCUUAUGCUGGAUUUAUGAACAACUAGACACAAGAACAGUUUUUUCCCGAAGGCCAUCACUCUGCUAAACAAAUAAUUCCCUCAACACUGUUAGACUAUUUACUGAAUCUGCACUACUAUUAAUCGUUUCAUAGUUCCCAUCGCCAAUCUCUUUCCACUUAUGACUGUAUGACUGUAACUUGUUGCUGGCAAUCCUUAUGAUUUAUAUUGAUAUAUUGAUCAUCAAUUGUGUUGUAAAUGUUGUACCUUGAUGAACGUAUCUUUUCUUUUAUGUACAACAUUUACAACACAAUUGAUGACCAAUAUAUCAAUAUAAAUCAUAAGGAUUGCCAGCAACAAGUUAUAGUCAUACAGUCAUAAGUGGAAAGAGAUUGGUGAUGGGAACUAUGAAACGAUUAAUAGUAGUGCAGAUUCAGUAAAUAGUCUGACAGUGUUGAGGGAAUUAUUUGUUUAGCAGAGUGAUGGCCUUCGGGAAAAAACUGUUCUUGUGUCUAGUUGUUCUGGUGUGCAGUGCUCUAUAGCGUCGUUUUGAGGGUAGGAGUUGAAACAGUUUAUGUCCUGGAUGCGAGGGGUCUGUAAAUAUUUUCACUGUCCUCUUCUUGAUUCGUGCAGUAUACAGGUCCUCAAUGGAAGGCAAGUUGGUAGCAAUUAUUUUUUGUGCAGUUCUAAUUCAAGAACUACUAAACCGAAAGUUUAUAGAGGCAGCUUGAAAAGAGAAGCAGAAGAUAACUUUCCUUCCUUUUGCAAGGCUGCUUUCCUUCUCCCUCUUUGCUUCUCUUGCAAUUGCAACCACUGGUGCCAGUUGCUGCAAUUCCUGUGUGCCUCUUGGUUAGUCAGACUUAGAAGAACUGUGCAGGGAUUUUUUUCUGCCUGCAACUGGCAUAACAAAGACCCUACAUGCCAUUCAAAAAAUAAAAUAAAAAUGUCUUCAUUACUGGUUCCUCUCUCCUCCCUUUCUAACACCACUCCCUUUUAACACAAGCCAAUAAGAUUGCUUCUAAGCACACUAGGCUUUCCCUGUCAGUAUUCACGGGCUGCAUGUAAAUAGCAGGAGGAGGGAAGCGUUUGCAUACGUAGAGCUUGGCUGAAAGAUUCAAGUAGCAGGAAGGAGUGAUGCUGCUCAAUAUAAACCAGAGAAUAUGGAAACGGGAUGCACUGUGCUACUGAAAUUAUUUGAGGCAAAAACUGAACACAGAGGCUUGCUAAACUGGUACCAAGCCUUAACAGGGCAUGCUGAACAAUAAUUGCAUGACUUUGUCACUUGGAUGUUGUUGUUUUUCUGCAAUGUACACAAUUUUAGAAGACAUUUUAAGUCUCGAAAAGAAGCCCAUCCGAUUUCAGUAAUCCUUUCAACUGUCAGGUGUUCAAGACCAUGCUCGGUGUGAAUUUUAUUUUGGCAGUCUGGACUGAUCUUGGUGGCAGGAAAGAGUGAAUUCCAUCAUUUCACAAUGAGUCUGCUGACAUUAACUCUAUUUAUCCUGGGGAAGCUGUUGGUACCGUUUGGCCUGGGUGUUCAAGUUAGCAACUUAAGCAGUGCUUCCACUUUCACAAGAUGCCCUGAAGACUGUAUCUGUACUGCUGAUCUCCUGAGCUGUACCAGGAAAAACCUUCGGUAUGUUCCAGUUACACUGCCUCCUACAACUAUCACCUUGGAUCUCAGCCACAAUGCUAUUGUUCAUCUUCAUGAUUAUUGCCUGACCACUUUACCACAUCUUGAAACCUUUAGGAUUAGCCACAACAAAAUAAAAAACAUCACUCAACGUGUGUUUCGCAAUGCUACCUACCUUCUCUAUCUGGAUAUGUCCUCCAACCAUCUGCAAACUGUGGAAAAAUACUACUUUGAAGACCUUGUGAACUUGAAAGAGCUUCUCCUUUACAAUAACAAGAUAGUGCAAGUAGAUGAAAAAGCUUUCAUGACAUUAAUCAAUUUGCAAAAGAUCUAUCUAAGUUGGAAUAGGCUAACAAAAUUUCCAUUUGAGUCUAUUCAAAAACUUGAACAUCCUUAUCUAAGGACACUUGAUCUUUCUGCCAACAACCUAAGCAGCAUUCCUAUUCAAGUCAUAGCAACUUUGCCUACGUACAUUAAAAAUGGCUUAUAUUUUCACAAUAACCCUGUGAAUUGCGACUGCUCUCUCCAGGAGAUGCUCCAGGAAUGGAAACAUCGUGGUUACAGUUCUGUGCGGGAUUUCAUAGAGGAGCAUACUUGUAAAGCCUACCCCAAUAUGCUCUCUUUAAUUAAGACCUUCAAUUACAAUAAAUAUUUUCGAAUUUGUUCUUGGAACCAAAGGAAAUUUGACAUUCCAGAAGUGCUGUGCAGAGUGGGAGAAUCCUUGGUAAUAGACUGUAACACAAGCCUCCAAGAAGACAAUACCACUACUUACAGGUGGAUCUCCCCACGCCAUGAAUUAUUCAUGUAUCCCAAGCACAGUGAUCAGACACAUCAACCUUUAAAAAAUGGAAGCUUAAAGAUCAUAAAUGCCAACCGGUCGUACUCGGGUGUUUAUGAGUGCAUAGCAAUCAGUGAUCUCCAGAAGAUCAAUGAAACAUACGAAGUUAAUGUGACAGUCCACUACUCCAAAUUAGUGGAAUCUUUCAGUACUAGCCUCACAACCCUCCUAGGGUGUAUUGUAAGCUUGGUAUUAGUGCUGAUGUACCUGUACCUUACACCAUGUUGUUGUUCUAAGUGCUGCAGGAAGCCUACAAGUCCCCCUCAAGACUGCAGUGCCCAAUCCUCUAUUCUUAGUACUACUCCACCGGUCACAGAUGUAACAAAUCGCAAGAUCAGUGCAAACAAGCACGUUGUUUUUCUAGAGCCUAUCAAGGAGAAUCAGAAUGGCAAGGUCAAGCUGGCUGUCACUGAAGAUUUUGAUGUGAAACCCCCCAAGCUCCUGAGACUUAAACUGGACUCGGAAUCAAUCGGUACAGCUUUUUCUAAUCCCGUCAUGUCGCCAGGAGAUGCAUAGCAAACCAACUCCAGAAAGCCUUUCUUAGUAGAUGGUUGAGAUGGGAGAAAAAAACCCUGUUUCCAUCCUGGGAGGAAGAGAGAAGACAAAAUAGAUUCAUGAAGGAUUUCCUCACCACACUCUAUAGAGGAUUUUUAAAAAUGUUCUUUGGAUGGAGGAGGAUGAAUCUUACAUCUUAUGUUAUCUCCCCCACUAAUUCCUGUCCAAUUGCUCCAGUUGUCUUAGGCAUGGAAAUGAAAAGCAACUCUUUUUGAGCAAAGAAAGGAAUAAUUGUUCUCUGCACAUCCCAAAUGAUUGCCGCAUGCUUCGUUCUCAAGAUAAUAGAAUGUUCUAGAAGGUUAUCUUCUCCCCUUAGAAAACUGCUGUGGAAUAUAAACUUGUGUUGUGGCUUUGACUUUUAGAGAACAAAGUUUUUACUAUAUAACAAGGCUGUUGUCAUCUUUGCAGAAGACCCAAGUGCCUCAUAUAACCACAUUGAGACCCUUUCUUACUUGCUCCGAAAUUGCUCUAACUAGCCACUGCUUCAAACAUCGAACAUUUGUGAAAAUAAAUUCCUGAAUCCACUAUUUCUACCAUCUGCACUGCUUAAAAGAAGUUAGCAUAAAAACAAACUGAAGCAAUGUUCCCUUUUAGAAAGGAAACAAGCACUGCCCCAGAUGACCAUACUUGGAUAUGUGCAGUUAGUCCACAAAUCUUAGGUAUAUUCCUGGCUACAGGACUCUGCAUGAAUAACAAUUUAUGCCUGGGAAAUACCUGAACUUGGACUGUCUUGAACCUCUAUAGAAAGCCUUUUCAAUGCUGUGGUUUCUAAGGACAUUAUAUCUGAGCCUUCAAGAAUCAAGCUUGAAAUAUACAGAGAACCACCAUCAAAACUGCUUUCAGUCAACACAAAAUUUUUGCAAGGGGAAGCAAUAAACUUACAUCAGGCCCUAUUGCAUGGGUUUCUGCAGGGAAAGCAAGAGAGGGGCAAAUGGUAACAUAUGUGAGGGGUCCUCUCUUACCUGAGUUUGGUUUUUUUUGCAGAUGUUUCAUUACCCAAACUAGGUAACAUCAUCAGUGCCAAUAAGGAAUGGGAUUUCCUCUCAGAUUAUACUUAUAGCGGCUCUCCCUGUCAGGGUUGGUGAAAGUGAUCUUAAUGGUUCUUUGGUUGGGCUGUUUGCUUGUUUGGCAGUUCCUUGAUUUGGGCAUUGUUUACUUAUUAGUCUGAUGUUAACCUUGAUGUUAAUCUACACUCCUCUGGAUGUUGAUUGCUAGUGGGAAGGAAUUUUGGUCUUUUUCUUCCCUUUUUGGCUUGUUCACUCUCUCUUUUGCACAGUAUCUAAAUGUUGUUUAUAUCUAUGUGACUCUUCAUGGCCUGGCUUCCAGAAAUUCUGUACUAUUUUUGGACUUGGCUUGGUCUAGGAUAGUCAGUUUUCUAGUUGAAACUAUGAUUAAGUCUGUCCAUGUGUUGUGAAAUUAAAGAUUUUUCAACAUGUCUUCUGAUGAUGUUACCUAGUUUGUGUAAUGAAAUGUCUGAAAGAAAACAACCAAGCUCAGAAGGACCCUCAUUUUAGCUCUGAAGUACAAAUAUUCUCCUUUAUUGAUAAUAUAUGUAUUAUCAUUUCUGAUGGCACAGUUAGUUGUCAGGCAUCCUGAUGCAAAUAUAUAAUUGCAUCAUUUGUGUGAUUACAUCAUUACACAGGUGUCAUCAUUUUGGCAUCACAGUUUGCUGUGUACAUUGCUGGCAUUACUAAUAUAUGUAGAUAUAUUUUAGCCCUUAAUAGAACAAAAAAAAAUGUGUGGGGGGUGGGGAGGGGGAAGCUGAGCAGUUGACAUCAAAGUUCCCAGAUAAAGCACACUCUUUACUGGUUUAGCCUUCUCCUUGAAGUGGGGUGCACUUACGCCCCUUUCAAGAAAGAAAGCACAACACUCCAUUUCUUGAUCCAGCUGUACUACAGAGAAUUUUCAAGGUCUUUCUGAAUUAGAACAGCCAAGGUCUGUGGUUGUGUGUAUUAAAGGAACCUUCUACAAGGGUACCUGAAACAAGACAACAGGUUGUAAAAUUCAGUGUCUUUAUAUUUUAUUCGGUGUACUUAAGCCUAUAGUGCAUUGUGGAAUUUGGAGCUGAAAUUGAUUUCUUAAAAUGUUGAUCCUUUAUGAAAAAGCAGAAUGUGUUUGCUGAAGGAUCAAAAACCAGGAAACAUUGGUGAUCUAAAGUACAUAAUUUCUAUUGCAUUUCCAAAUAUUUAUUAUUUUACAGGCCAUGAGUCAUUGCCAAAUUAUUCAAAAUAAAAUAAUUUAUUUCCAAAACUUAAACAAUGGUUUUCAGAAUUUAUUUUGAGGGUAAAGUACACACUGCUUCUGAAAAAUGCAUGCCAUUCUGAUUAUAAAACAGAAAUAAGUCUCCAAAAACAUGUAAUCAGGGAAGAGGUGAUGUAUUGAACAUUCGUUUAGCUUCCUUCCAUGUAUAUAAUCCUAUAAUGGAGAGGGGGAACCUGUCAGCUUUCAGGUCUUGCUAAGCAAUAAUUCUCAGGAUCCCUCACCAUUAGUGAUGCUAGAUAGUCACUGGUCUGGUUAAUCUGUAAAAUUUGGAGGAUCAGAGAUUCUUUUUUCCCCAUUCCAAUUGUCUAGAUAUUCUAAAUAUUCCCAGAAGGGGCUUUCAACUUUAUAUUUACUUUAUUUAUUUAACAAAUAU